GUAUAAAAAAGCUUUAAAAGAACCAAUAGGUCAUUGUUGUUGUGGUUAGCCAGACAAGAAAGCCCAUACUUUUGAAUUCUUUAAGUUUGCUUCUCUAGACAAAGGUCAGGAGAUAAAGAGAUGAUGGGGUGCUCUUGGUUCUCUGGAAUCUUGGAGGGUUUUUGAUUUCUGCAAAUUAAACACAAACAGGAUAACAGAAAAUUGGAAUAGAUCAGAAGCAUAUGUUUCAAACAGCCAGCAGCUGCAGAUUUAUAACAAAACAAAUUUAGUCCUUACUGGAUAUAUUUCUUUUUUCAUCUUGCCACGCCUAGAGGUAUGAGUGAAUUCGAUUCAGAAAGAGCAAAGCCAUGGAAUAUUUAUACUGGUUCACAACCUAAUCCAUCACAAGCAGGAGUGGAUCGCCAAGCUCCAUGGAGAAACUUCGGAACUUCCAUGAAUGCAAUUUCGUUUGGAUUUGUUGCCACAGCAAUACUAAUAUCAAUGUUUCUUAUUAUGGCUAUUUUCGAACAUCUUUUUAGACCAAAUGCUUCUUUCACUUCUCUUGAAGAUGGUGUCAACAGACCAGCCACAGAAUCCAGAAGAAUGCAGAAACUUGGACAUCAACCCAUGGUACCAACGACGUAUGCAUCGGAUUUUUCUGUCGUGAUGCCAGGGCAGAGGUGUCCGACUUACAUUGCACAGCCUGCUCCUCUUCCAUGCAAAAGGGAAGGUGCCUCUUGGCCAUCCCAUGAACAUACUUACUCCUUGCACAGAUUAUAGUUCUCAUUUAGUGAUCACAUUGUUUGUUGUAUGUAAUCUUCUUACAUACAAGAAUGCAGCAUUAGCAGAUCUUGGGUUCUGCUGUUUAGUUCUAUAGAUCCUCAGUAAAUUAUACUUGGUUGUCAAGUAUCAAAAUCUGGUCAUUGUAAUCCAAUUUCAGUGAUUAUUUGGCUUCUUAAAUUGGA